CUCUUUUAGAGCAGUGUGAGUUUGGCAGUUGUCGUGAACGUAUCUGGCUAAAUAUUAACUUGAGUUAAGUUAGUCCGUCGAUAUAAAGUUACUCAUAUUAUUAACUUUGUUUUUGUUUCUAUGAACUGUUAUGGUGUUAUUAAUCAGUGAAUGGGUGUAGUACUGUUGCAGUUUAUUGUAUUGUGUUGACAUUAACAGAACUGGAGUCUUGAGACGCAGUAAGGGGCGGUGGGCUGCUACAGCUGUUGCUAGCUAGCAGAGAACCAACCAGCUAGCUAGCUAGCUAACCUAGCAAAACAUCGAGCGGCAUUCAAAGUGAAUAAAGCCACGCCUGUGAACGUCGUUGGCUAAAGCAGUUUCCGCUGCUAUCUCUGUUGAGUUAGCAACAUAACAGAACAUAGCGUAGCUAAAACGCUAGCUUGGCUGCAACUCCGCCGAGAAACCAACAAGACUGAUAUCUAACAAAGCUAAAUAACCAGCUGGGAUUGGUCUUCCACGGUGGGAGUUUGUUAAACUGGAGCUGGCAUCGUCACAAUUACAAUCUUUAACACGUAUGUCCAACCAUCAGGCUGCUGGGCCUGAUAACCAAGAGGAUGUCUGAGGGAGAGAACAAGCAGGCCCUGGACACUGUCCAGGAGGCGAGGCCGGAGACGAUGGCAGCUGCACCCACAGGUCAAGGAGUGCCAUCGGUGUCUCCCCCUGUGUCUGUGGUGACCCAGCCUCCAGCUACUGCUGCCACCGAGGACGAGGAAGAGGAGAGUGAGGAUGAGUCUGAGAUUUUGGAGGAAAGCCCAUGCGGACGCUGGCAGAAACGCAGAGAAGAGGUGAAUCAGCGCAACGUCCCUGGGAUCGAUAAUGCUUAUUUGGCCAUGGACACUGAGGAAGGAGUUGAGGUGGUGUGGAAUGAGGUCAUGUUCUCAGAAAGGAAAAAUUUCAAGCUACAGGAGGAAAAAGUCAAGGCAGUGUUUGACAAUUUGAUCCAGCUGGAGCACUUGAACAUUGUGAAAUUCCACAAAUACUGGGCCGACGUCAAAGAGAACAGAGCCAGGGUCAUUUUCAUCACAGAAUACAUGUCCUCAGGGAGUCUCAAACAGUUUUUGAAAAAGACAAAGAAAAACCACAAGACAAUGAAUGAAAAGGCCUGGAAGCGCUGGUGCACACAAAUACUGUCUGCACUCAGCUACCUGCAUUCCUGUGAACCUCCCAUCAUCCAUGGCAAUCUGACCUGUGACACCAUCUUCAUUCAGCACAACGGCCUCAUCAAGAUUGGCUCAGUUGCUCCAGACACCAUCAACAACCAUGUGAAAACCUGCCGGGAAGAGCAGAAGAGCCUUCACUUUUUUGCUCCAGAAUAUGGAGCUGUUGCCAGUGUCACCACAGCCGUGGAUAUCUAUUCCUUUGGAAUGUGCGCCUUAGAGAUGGCUGUGUUGGAAAUCCAGAGUAAUGGAGAUUCAUCUUAUGUGUCCCAAGAAGCCAUAAACAGUGCCAUUCAGUCCUUAGAGGACCCACUGCAGCGGGAAUUUAUCCAGAAGUGUCUGGAGGUAGAUCCCAGUAAACGACCCACAGCCAAGGAACUGUUGUUUCACCAGGCCUUAUUUGAGGUGCCCUUACUCAAGUUGCUGGCUGCACACUGCAUUGUGAGCCACCAGCAUAUGAUUCCAGAAAAUGCUUUAGAGGAGAUGACAAAGAACAUGGACCCUAACUUGGUGAUUGUUGAGGGCAAGGAUGAAUUUCAGAUGAAGCUCUCCCAGUUUCCUGCCCUUGAGCUGGACAAGUUCCUGGAAGAUGUGAGGAAUGGGAUCUACCCUUUGACAGCGUUUGGGAUGUCCUCUCAACAACAACCUCAACAGGAGGCAGUGAAGUCACCCAUAGUGCCCCCCUCAGUCAAAACCCCGACUCCUGAACCUGCAGAACUGGAGACCAGGAAGGUCCUUCAGAUGCAGUGUAACAUUGAGCCUGUUGAUGAGGGUACCAAGCACCAUUUGACCUUGCUGUUGAAACUUGAGGAUAAACUGAACAGGCACUUGAGCUGUGACUUGUUACCAAAUGAGAGUGUGCAGGAGCUGGCUGUGGAACUUGUUCAGCUGGGAUUUAUCUGUGAGGGUGAUCAACCACGGCUUGCAUCUGUUCUUGAAGAGGCCUUCUCAAAGUUCUACAGCCGUAAUGGUUCUCUCAAUCCGGUGACAGUUUCCUCAUAGCAGAGGACUCACCAGGGCUUCUUUCAGUCCUCCUCAUGCUCUACUGCAGGACUAGUUUUAUGCUCUACUUGUGAGGUGCAGGAAAGCUUUGCAAGGACAGAGGAGGAAGCCAUGGUCUGAUUUACAGAUCCUGCAGCCUGUCCUUGUAAGUUCUGGUGGGAAAAGCUGCCACUUAGUGGUUGUUGCUUUCUAUCCUUUUUCCCCUCCCACCCAAUACAGCCAUUUGCUUCUCUUUUCUAAAGGAAGUCCCAUUUACAACUUAAAGGAAAAUACUAAUGUUUUCACUUUUUUGACUUGCUUCCUUCAUUUCUAAGUCAUGUAGAAGUGGUAGACGUAAGCCAAGUAAAACCAGACAACAGCAGUAUUUUCCUUAAUUCAGUAUUAAAAUUGUAUUUUAAACAUUUUUUUACUCAAAACUCUUGUCUGUAUGAAAAACAUUGUCCCGGCCUACUGAAGUGCACGUGUCAUGGUGUUGUAAGGUUAAGUCUGGUUGUCUGGUCCUUUCUGAACUUUGUCUUGAGAGGUGAGUGAAGCAUUGUCCCUCCUUGUAUUGGUUUCAAAGACUGCAUCGAGCUUGCAGUGCAACAGAUAACAUCACUUGUAAUUAUAGCAGUGUAGUCAUGCGGCUGUGACACAAUCUGAAGAGUUACCGAUAAAAUAUCAGACAUCUAAUUAUUUCUGUACCUCUUCUCGAGUGUGUACUGUACUUUUCUUUCAGCGUCAUGGCCGGUGGUUGGUUGAAUGUAUGCCUUUAUAUGCUCUCUAUCCUUAAAUUAAGUUGUUUUAUAUGGAAAGGGGUGUAAACUGUGAUCAACUACUAGCUUCUGUUUUCAAGUAGCCCAUUGCAGCCCUUAUCUGUUAGUCAAUAAAUUGUAUUUAGGUGGUGUUUUACACAGGUUGGUUUAGAUCCAUGGACAGAUAUUUUGUUUAAGCACAUGAUCAAAUGGAAAUGAUAUGCAACAAGCUUGGUCUGGAGUUGGUUCAGCUCUCACUGUAAUGAUGAUGUGGAUAGAUUGUAGAGAAAAUGUCAGCAUUUAGAUUUUGUGGCUCAGUCUUUUGGGGGGGCUGGGGCUGUCUGGGUGAUGCCAGAGCUGCAAUGUGUGCUCACCUCUUAUAACUUCAGUUACUGGCUCAGAACACUCCAUUUGAGCUCUUGGCUAGUUUGCACUACUGUACACUCACUGAUCCAGUCUUGUCUUCUCUAUGCUGCGACUUCCUUCUGUUAGGGUCUGUAGAUGGUGCAAAAUUCAAGUGUGGGGCUGCCUGGCAUGCUUGUUACCAUCUUGUACACUGUAUGCUGGACCACUGUGCUCUGUUUCUGCUACAUUUACUGCAUCUACCCCCUUUUUCACUUCCUGAAAUUAAAAAAAAAAAA